AUGCUGAUCAGAAAAACGUGGAUGAAUCACCAAAAACCCUGGCACAUCAACAGGAAGGAAUUAUAUGCGGUAUGGGCGACUCUCCGAUUUUCUCAGAGCAAGCUAAAGAACCGAUCAGUCAUGAUACAGUCAGACAAUAGAACGGUGGUUUCAUAUAUUCGGAAUCAAGGUGGAACCAAAUCCCUUCAGAUGCUGGACCUCACACAUCAAAUCCUAACCUUGGCCAACCAAUUAGAAAUGGAUAUUCAGGUGUGA